AUGGCGCUGCUUUCUACCCUCAAAAACAUUGCUAUAGUCGGUGCAAGCGGCAAUGUUGGCACCCACAUCACAUCCGCUCUUCUCGCCAAAAACCACUUCAAUAUCACCGCCAUUACACGUACCGAAUCGAAAGCCACCUUCCCACCCGGCGUUGGAGUCUCAAGGAUUGACUAUAAUGACCCAAAUACCAUAGUCAAAGCUCUGACCGGACAAGAUGCGCUCGUUAUCACAAUGAGCGUGUUUGCUGGUGGCGCGCAGGAGCAGCUCAUUCGUGGGGCAGCUCAAGCUGGCGUGCCUUGGGUUCUACCAAACGAGUUCGGCAUGUACAACACAGAGGAGAUCCAGAACGAAACUAUCGGACUGGGCAAGACCAUCGCUCGCAAACUCAUCGAGUCACUCGGUGUUUCCUCCUGGAUUGGGCUCACUUCAGGUUUCUGGUACGAGUACUCCCUCAGCGGCGGCUACUACGGCAUCAACAUACGGAAGAAAGAGGUCACUUACAUCGACGACGGUACGCAGCGGCUGAACACUGCCACAUGGCCCCAGACUGGACUUGCUGUGGCGAACUUACUAUCUCUGCCUCUAUCUGGAUCUGAUGGCAACGGGCCGACACUGGAGCAAUACCGCAAUCGCAUGCUCUUCGUCUCUUCUUUCGCCCUUAAUCAGCGCGAGAUGUUCGAGGCCGUACAGAAAGCGACGAGCACCACGGAGAAAGAUUGGAAGAUCACAUCUGAGCCAGCAAAACAGCGCUUAGCCACUGCCAGGCAGAGAAUGAUGAUGGGAGAUGGCUGGUCUUUUGCAACGGCUCUGCAUACGCGGUACUUCAUUGAUGAGGCGGGUCUAUAUGAGAAGAACCACGGGUUGAACAACGACGAGCUGGGUCUUCCGAAGGAGGACUUGGACGAAGCUACGAAGCGGGCGGUAGACCUGGCGUAUACCGAUUAUCACAAGAAGAUGUACUCGUAG